AUGCACCUCAUCAAAUCUUCACGAAACUUGCCUCUCACGCUAUUCUCCUCACACUUUUCAAGUUGUACCCUACUCAACAACUUCCCGGCACUCCGAUUCCUCGAGAAACAGUCUAUCACUCUUGCCAACGAUGUUGGUAACAACCUAUGCAUAAACAACAGUAGCAUGCUCGUUGGUUGCUGUAAUGGAUUAUUAUGCUUUCUUGAUGUUUCCAUAAAUAUUUGGGAUCAAAAGGUCUAUUUCUCUUUCUUCAACCCAGCUACGAGAUCAUUGUCUAAAAAACUAGGUUAUUUUUGCUUUUCAGUAUUGAAUGGCAGUUCCUGUUUUAAAUUUUCGUUAGAUUUUGAUAAUUUAACCUCAAAAUAUAAGGUGGUGGCCUUCCGUCCUAACGAGGUCAGAGUUUUCACAUUGGGCGAUUAUGUUUGGAGAAAUAUUCAAACUUUUCCUGUUUAUCCUUAUAGUACUCGCAACCAUGUGAACGGUGGUGUAUAUUUGAAUAAUAUCAGUUCACCGUAUUACAAUAGUCUUAACUGGUUCGCCCAUCGCAACAAUAUUACUUAUUCUUAUUAUCAUUGGGAGUAUUUUACGAUCAACAAAUUUGUGAUUAUCUCCCUUGAUUUAGGAACAGAGACAUACACGCAGUUGAUGCCUCCUAUGAAUUUUGAUGAAGUGGAGUUAUCUAUGCCAAAUUUAUGUGCGUUAAUGGAUUGUCUUUGUUUUUCUCAUCAUUCGCAGGGAGAUAACUUUGUUAAAUGGCAAAUGAUGGAAUUUGGAGUUGAAGAGUCUUGGACUAAAUUGCUUAAGUUUAACUGUCAACAACUGCUUCCUUGUUAUCUUUAUUUUGAUUAUCGUCGUUUGUUGCCAUUAUACAUUUUUGAGAAUGGUGAUGUGUUGAUAUGGGCGAGCGAGGAAGGAUAUGCAAUUCGCUAUAACAAGAGUGAUGAGAGAAUAGUAGAUAAAACUAGAAUGACCAAUAAAUUGUAUUGGUUUUUGGCUCAACACUAUGUUGAAAGUAUGGUUCCAGCUUGUUGA